GGUUGUUGCUGUUGUCAAAUCUGCUCUGAGGACUGGACUCUGGAGGCAGAGCAGGACAUAUUUGGAAAAGGUACUGAUGAGAGGAAAUGGGAAGCAGUCGCAGGCAGGGCUAGCAGACGGUGCAAUGGCAGGAUGCUGAUUUGCCACAGCAGGUUUCAUCUUUGAAACCUCCCAGAGCCUAUACAUACCUAGCCCAAAGCUAUAGCCUACGUUAUGACGACAACCAUUUUUUUCGACUGACGACGACCUUCGCGUGCGGCAGACAAGACAGCAAAACGUCUGGAUGAAUGUACACCUAUUUUAAUCACAGAAAUGGCAUGUAAAUAGUGACUUUGGUGCAUUUGGACGAACCUUGGAUGCGCGCCGAUUAGUAAUUUACCGGUGUUACAGCUUCAGAAUUUUGCCCGAAAAGACGCGUCUCUUACCUCAUUUGCAAGGAUAUGUCGGCGCAGUCCCAUCAUCAAUAACCAAUGUGGGAUAGUCUACGGGGAAUAAUAAUUUUGACACCACUUGGCCUGUGUUGAAUUGAUUCAUUAUAUUCAGCAGACGAUAGGCAUAAACAAUGGCGGGCCCAGAGCAGUCCAAGCAGCAGCAGGUAGAGGAGAAAGCUGAGCACAUAGACGACGCUGAGCUCGCUCUUCAAGGUAUCAACAUGCUUCUCAACAACGGAUUCAAGGAGAGCGACGAGCUUUUCAGAAAAUACAGGACUCACAGUCCACUGAUGAGCUUUGGGGCCAGUUUUGUCAGCUUCCUGAAUGCCAUGAUGACCUUUGAGGAGGAGAAGAUGCAGACGGCGUGUGACGACCUGAGGACCACAGAGAAGCUGUGUGAGAGUGACAACGUUGGCGUCAUAGAGACAAUCAGGAACAAGAUCAAGAAGAGUUUGGAGUCCCAGAGGUCAGGGGUCGUGGUUGUGGACCGCCUGCAGCGACAGAUCAUUGUGGCCGACUGCCAGGUCUACCUCGCUGUGCUCUCCUUCAUCAAGCAGGAGCUCUCAUCAUACAUCAAAGGAGGCUGGAUCCUCCGUAAGGCCUGGAAGAUGUACAAUAAGUGCCACAGUGACAUCAGUCAGCUGCAGGAGACCUGUGUGAGGCGCUGUUCCUCCCAUGAGGAGGAUCUAUCCUCAGACCAGGCCAACCACAACACCCCAGUGGAGGGUGCUGUGACUGCAGAGGCCCUGGACCGACUCAAGGGCUCCGUCAGCUUCGGCUACGGCCUCUUCCAUCUCUGCAUCUCCAUGGUACCACCACACCUGCUCAAGAUCAUCAACCUGCUGGGUUUCCCUGGCGAUCGUCUCCAGGGUCUGUCCUCCCUCAUGUAUGCCAGUGAGAGUAAGGACAUGAAGGCCCCGCUAGCUACCCACCCGAUAUAUACGUGCAGUGGCCUUAAUCAACUUUACCUCUUCUUGAGAUUGGCCCUCCUGUGGUACCACACAGUAGUGCUGCCUUUCUUUGCUCUGGAUGGUUCUGACACUCAGGCAGGCCUGGAGGAGGCCAAGGCCAUUCUCCAGAGGAAGGCUGUGGUCUACCCCAAUUCCUCCCUCUUCAUGUUCUUUAAAGGACGGGUUCAGAGAUUAGAGUGCCAAAUUAACAGUGCUCUGGUGUCCUUCCAUGAUGCACUAGAGCUGGCAUCAGACCAAAGAGAGAUCCAGCACGUGUGUCUCUAUGAAAUUGGCUGGUGCAGUAUGAUCGAGAUGAACUUUGAGGAUGCGUUUAGGUCAUUUGAGAGGCUGAAGAAUGAGUCCCGAUGGUCACAGUGUUACUAUGCCUACCUGACUGGAGUAUGUCAGGGAGCUGCAGGGGACUUAGAUGGUGCCAAGGAUGUCUUCAAAGAUGUCCAGAAACUGUUCAAGAGGAAGAACAACCAGAUUGAGCAGUUUGCCCUCAAGCGGGCAGAGAGACUGAGGAAGAUGUCUCCCACCAGAGAGCUGUGCAUUCUGGGGGUCAUAGAGGUGCUGUACCUGUGGAAGGCUCUGCCCAACUGCUCCUCCUCCAAACUGCAGCUCAUGAAUCAGUUGUUACAGAGUGUGGAUGACGCAUCGUGCAGAGGUCUGAAAAACCUCCUUCUCGGUUCCAUCCACAAAUGUCAUGGAAAUAAUAAAGAUGCCAUCCAGUCGUUCCAGCUGGCUGCCAGAGAUGAGUUUGGUCGACAAACCAACUCUUAUGUGCAGCCAUACUCCUGCUAUGAGCUUGGAUGUGUCCUGCUUGCCCAGCCAGAGACGGUGGGAAAAGGGAGAGCAUUUCUGCUUCAGGCAAAGGAGGAUUAUGCAGGCUAUGACUUUGAGAACAGACUUCACGUGCGCAUCCACUCAGCCAUGGCCACGCUGAAGGAAGUGGUACCCCAAUGACCCCGCCCACCACUGGACGAAUAAUGAUGAGGCAACGACUCCGUCUCCAGCUGUGCACUUGAUGAUAUAGGAAGCAUGGCUAUUUUCUAUUCAAAACCACAGUAUGACUCAUCAGACAAAAUAGUUCCCCCCCUUUUUCUGAUAGAUGUUUUACCCAUCCAAAUACAAUAAACCAACAAUUUCAUAGUCAAUACCAUUUUCUUCUUAAUCUAGUGGAGGGUUUUAGCCCUGCAAACCUUCCUUCCAUUCUUUGGACCAUACAUAAUGGUACAUAGGAUACGUCUUGAAGAGGCACACCUUAUUCUCAUUGUCAGGUUUUCUUGACUACAGGUAGUAACAGUACAGUUAAACAGUAAGUAAACUUGUCUUUUGUGUUCUUGUCAUGUUCUUGGGAAGACAUGUACAAGAGAUGUUCGAUUACAACCCAUAAUCGUGAUCAAAUGGUUAUUUGCCAAUUGUUUGUGUUUGCCUCAUGUGACAAGGCAAGACAAAGGUUCUUGAUUGUAUUAGUUGUCGCUGUUGUAGUACCCUCUUAUUGACUAAUAUCCAUACAAUUAUCGCCUCUGGUUUUUCAGAAAUGUCUCCUAGAUUAAAUGGCCCUACUUUGCUUGUCAUGAUGCCAACAAACAGAUAAUUUUUUCUGCAAUGAGAAAGUAUUAGUGAAGUUUUAUGGUGACAACAACCCCCUAAAUGAUGGGACAAGUACUUAGUGGCCUGCUACCUUGUAGUAUUGUAUUACGCAGCGUGCCAUACAGAGUGUACUAUGCCAUGCAGUGAAACCUUGUAAUAUUAGUGUCAGGUACCUUGAAUUCUGAAUAUUAUGAAAUUGCUUUUACAUUCUGACAUUCACAUAUUAGCUUACAAAUAACUGCACUUCUAAAAUGUUUUGUAACAUUUUUGCACAAUGCAAUAUCCAAACAAUGUUAUAGAUAAUUUAUUUUAGUUUACAAGCAGUGGGCAUUGAUCUGCACACUAUGCAUGCAAUGGCAGGGGUAUUAUUAGUGACCCAAGGACCUGAAAGAUCCUUUUCUACAGCUGUGUACUAUGAAUCUGAACAUUUUUUUCCUGAGAUACUUUGGAUGACAACAGAACACAUUUAUAUUAAUAUUUACUCUGGUUUUUAACAAAAUCCAACAAGGUCCUUAUUAACUACAGGCAUUGUAAUAAUCAUGGUAGGUUUUAGGUUACUGUACAAACUGGACAUUAAAGCUUAAUAUUCUGUCAUUUUAGUUUGAUCGGGCUUUUCUAUCAGGCCACACUGAUGAUGAGUGAAACAUUCAAGACAGUUACAAACUAAAUUGAAAGUGCAGGGUAUUGUAUCACUGUUUUUAUAAUCACUCUGAGGUAUGGUCUCUAAGCAAUAAAAAGCAAGCAAGAAGAGUGCUCAUUUUACAAUGGAAGUUUGAUUAGCUGUCACAAACUUCGUUUACAUUUUUUUUGGUCCCACUUCAAAUGAAUAACAAAUGCUUAACUACAUGUGCAAGCACUACAUAGCACAAAUCUUUCAUUAGCAAAUUCAUACUACAUGAAGGGUGAUAUAAACGGUCUUUAAUUCAUACUACAUGAAGUGUGAUUUAAAACGGUAUUUAAUUCACAUUACAUUCAUUUUGUUAUUUUACCUUUAUUUAACUAGGCAAGUAAGUUAAGAACAAAUUCUUAUUUACAAUGACGGCCAAUCCCGGACGAUGUUGGGCCAAUUGUGUGCCGCCCAAUGGGACUCCCCAAUCAUGUGAAGGGUGAUUUAAACGGUAUUUAAUUCAUACUGAAGGGUGAUAUAAACAGUCUUUACAUCUUGUGCGUGCUAAAUUAAGAAUAACUCUUUUCCACCCUUCAUAUAAAAUGGCAUAUUCUCAUGAAAGAGUUCUGAAAAAUCUACAUAGAUAGUCCUUAGGGUAAAUGGCUUGUGAAAACUUCAAUAUGCUGUUUCAUUUAAAGUGGGACUCUUUUUUUUCAUGUUCAAGGAUGGGUUUGAACACUUUUUUUUUACAUCUACACUGAAGUCUGUCAGUGACCUCCCAUCUUCUCCUGUGAUUGUGUAAAGGGAUGUAAGAUUUGGUGUGAUGUAAAAGUGUUGACUACUGAGUGUGGCCAUAAAGUGCUGGUAUAAAGUAAGUCCACAGCUGUAAGAGCAAAGUAUCUUAUAAUGACAUGUAAUGAUAUGAGUUAAAUGUCAUUAUAUGUAUACCAACAAAAAAAUGGGACAUUUCUGUCUUAGAAAUGUGCUCUAUCCACUUUGUUGUGGGGUUGUAGAGGAUGAUGUGGAGAUAGUUCAAUUGUAACAGGGUGGUCCUGUGUGGUGUCUAAAGAGAUCUACAAACUGUUCAAUAAAGGACUGUCAAUUAA